GCUCUGAUGGGUACCAUGGACUUUAAGACAGAUCCAAGCGCGGUAACCAUCAAUUUGCUGCUUAUCGUCCACCCUGAGGAGGCAGCAAGCAAGCAGAAAGGGCAGAAGGAGAGGCCAAAAGACAGCGACCGAAGCACAGGUUUGCAGGAUGAUGGAAAUGGAAACAGCAGAUCGCACCCACCUCAGGGGAGAGACCUUAACGGCUGUCAGGUCUCCAAGGAACCCUGCAAGCAGACGCAAGCCCUUACUUCAUACUCCAAUGAAGGAACCCAAAUGACAGUGGAGAUCCAUCCCAAGGAUACCACCCCACAACUCUUCAAGAAGCUCUCCUUUGGAAAAGGUCCCCGGAGGAUGCCCAGACUGAGAGGUCAGGACAACAAAGGUUUCCAGAGGACAGAAGCCCCGCGGCCACCAGGAAAAAAGGACCUGCACGCAUAUCCAUGGGACAAAUCCUCUCUGAAGUCCAUGCCAGUAGAUCUGCAGCAAUUUGAGAAGCUGGAUGCCUACGCAUUAAAAGUAAACAUCAAGAACAGCGUAGAAGAACUCGUUAAAGCCCUGCUUAAACAAGCCCGGACUGAUCUGGAAAAAGUCCGAGCCAUAUGGAUGUGGAUAUGCCAUCACAUAGAAUACGACGUAGUGGGCUACCAUAACAAAAGCCAGCUGUCAAGCAAGCCCAUAGAUGUGCUUCAGAUGGGGAAGAGCAUUUGUGAGGGAUACGCUGGGCUCUUUGAACACAUGUGCAGUCUUGCAGGAAUCCAGUGCAUGAAGCUAUCGGGGCACUCUAAGGGGAACGGGUAUAAGACGGGACAGACCUUUACAGGGGACUCUGACCAUACCUGGAAUGCUGUCUACCUCGAUGGAAGGUGGCAUUUACUUGAUAGCACCUGGGGAAGUGGUGCUGUUGAUGAUUCUUUCACCAAGUUCACCUUCAGAUACAACGAGUUUUAUUUUCUGACUCACCCAGCUCUGUUCAUUAACAAUCACUUCCCAGACAACAGUAACUGGCAGCUUCUUAAACCAACCCUGACGCUGAAAGACUUUGAGAACAACAUGCUGCACAACAGCAAUUUUUACAUGUUGGGCCUGCUGACGGCACACCCGGAGACGGCUGUCAUCCAAACAGUCAAUGGAAAAGCUUCUGUAUCAGUGGAUUGCCGCUCUGCUACACUAUUUACAUUUAAGCUGAAGGGAACAGAUGAACACGGUUUAAUGACUUUGAAAAAACACGGGAUGAAGCUGGAUAUCUACCCACAGAAGACAGGGAGUCACAAGCUGCAGAUCUUUGCCAAGUCCUCCAAAGCCUCAGAUGUCUACAACUGCGUGUUAGAGUACGUUGUAGAGUGCAAGUCUGUGGACAAGGCCAUGCGUUUCCCAAAGGACCUGCAUCAGCCUGUUGGACCAAGCUGGUUCACAGAGCGGCAAGGAUUCCUGAGGCCAUCCCACCCUGACCCCAUCAUUCACACCAAUGAUGGGCGGUGUUCUGUCACCUUCACCCUGGGCAAAGACAUAAGCGUCUUGGCCUCACUGCACUCUGAUAGCAGCAGCCUGACAGAGGAUAUGGGAAGGCGGCACAUCAUGCAAAUCCAUCGUGGGAAUCAAAUUGAGUUGAAGAUCCAUCUGCCCCACGCAGGGAACUUUGUUCUGAAAAUCUAUGCCAGGAAGAAGUCAGAUCCUGGCAAUUACGACUACAUCUUCAACUACCUCAUCACCUGCUUGAACACUGAAGUGAAGUGGCCAGCUUUCCCUCAGAGUUACAGCAAGUGGGUGGAAGACUAUGAAAUACUGGAGCCGCUCUCCAGCUUGCUGCCGGCUAAUCGCAAUGUUCAGUUUAAACUCAAAAUGCAUGGGAUAGCAAAGGUGCUAGUUCAAGCUGAGAACGCUUACCCUCUCACCCAGAGCAGAGGCUACUGGGAGGGAACGUGCAACACUUCAGGAUGCAGAGAGGUGUUUGUGAUGGUGCACGAGAACGCCAACCACAGCUUUUAUUCACACGUCCUGAAAUACGAAGUUGAGAGCCAGUAA